CCUGCUGCUAGGUUAGUUCUCCUAAAUUUCCACUUUAAUUCUUCUAACCUGCCACGUUACUUAUUCUGACCUGCCACGUUGCUUUUGAUAAGCCACUUAAGCAAACAUUGACCGUUCGAGGAGUGAUGUUCUUUUUCUGCUGCAAUUACCUCCACAAGGUACUAGCUAGCUAGGCCAGUUUGUCUCGCGACCAAGUCAACGGUUGUCACUAGUUAGCAUAGCCACAAAGUCGUAAAAAUUAAUGUAAUCUAAAAUGUUAAUCUUAAUUUAAAAUAGGGCAUAAAGUUAGGGUAAAAAUCAGAUUUUAGAAGAUACAUUGUAGAAAUAGGCGGAGUUUAGCCAUAAUUAUGGCUAAAAUCAGAUUUUAGAAGAUAAAUUGUAGAAAUGGGCGGGGUUUAGCCAUAAUUAUGACUUUGUUACUGUGGUAACUAGUGACGACCCAAGUGGUCAACGGUCAGGUUGACCACCAUAACAUCAAGUAUCGAGAGCAGCACUCAGCAGGCCGCAGAGAUGGACAGCACACAGGACGGACCGGAUAUUGUCACCAAACCCAUCAUAAUUCUGGGCACUGUUACCAGAGACAGAAGGUUUCUGCACUGGGUAGGCCAAGUGCUAAAGCUGAAGUGGCUGAAGAACAAGAGCCAAGAAGAGGUCAAAGUGAUGAUCGGGGAGCUGCUGCCCUCCUUCGCCUGUGGAUGUGUGGAGAACAAUGACUUCCUCUCCCUGCAGGAGAUCCUGGAGAGGAUGGAUGUGAACUGUGGGGACUAUGACGGCACCACCCCCCUCCACAAGGCCUGUGAGAAGGGCAGGCUGGAUAUGGUCAAGUACCUGAUGGGUAAAGGAGCCAGCACCCAGCUCAAAGACCGCUUUGGAUACACACCGCUUCACCUGGCCAUCAAGAACCGGCACUUUGACAUCAUCCGCAUCCUGCGUCUGAAAGGAGCCCCUCUGUCUUUGGAGCUUGUGAGGAUCGGGCUGGAGCUGAUCAAGGUUGUCCAGAACAAGGACUACCAGCUGUUGCAAGCCUGGUACCUGUCUGGAGUGAACCUGGACCAGUGUGACUAUAACGGCCGUACAGCGCUGCACAUUGCAGUCAGGCUGAGGGAGAGGACCAUGGUGUCCAGGCUGCUGGAGUACGGAGCCACCCCUCUGGAGAGUGACAUCUGGGGUUGGACUGCAGUGGACGAGGCCCAGAACAACCUGCCCAGCAUCCUGAAGCUGUUCCACCCCUUCACUUAGCAGUUCCCCAAACAGGCCCAGAACAACCUGUUGCACCUGGCCAACAGGAUGAUCUGACCACUUCCAGUGUACACCUCCCCAGGAAAUCCAUCCUUUUUAAUCCAGCCAACAACCCUAGACAAUAGAGUUCAUUCAGUGUUCAUUGUUAUCAUACAAUGCUUUGCCUAUUGAUAAAGGAUUAUACUAACAAUCCCCUUUAAUGUUUUGUACCCAACAGCAUGACACUUUUACAAAGGCUUUGUUUUGCACUGUUUAUUUCAUUUACUCCAGAGAUUAACUUGUACAACUGGAUCUGUCAUUAGGGAAUGUCAACAUGGAAGGGAGGGACCAGUAAAACCAGACAACCCAGCUCAAUAAUUUCCUGCUUUGUGU